AUGGCUAAGAAGAAGAAAGGAAACUACUUCAAGCUCCUCUGUUUGCUCUUGCUCCUAUCUAGUUUGAUUCACACAGAUGCUUCCUUUAGUGUAGGAGGCGGCGUUGGAGUCGGAAUAGGCGGCGGUGUUGUCGGUGGCGGUGGAGUUUGGGUCGGCGGUGGUAACAGGAACACACCUCCAAGCAACGUGGCGUACAAUGCUCUCCAAACUUGGAAAACCGCUAUUACAGAGGAUCCUUCUGGUCUUCUUAAGACAUGGGUUGGAUCAGAUGUUUGUUCUUACAAAGGGGUUUUCUGUUCUGGUCAAUCUAUAACCGCCAUAGAUCUCAACCAUGCAAAUCUCAAGGGCACAAUCGUCAAAGACCUCGCUGACCUCUCUGACCUCAACAUACUUCAUCUCAACAGUAACAGAUUCUACGGCCAAGUCCCAGAGUCUUUCAAAGACUUAGACUCUCUCCAAGAGCUUGAUCUAAGCAACAACAGACUCUCUGGUCCUUUCCCUUUAGUCACAAUCUAUAUACCAAACCUGGUUUACCUCGAUCUCCGGUUUAAUAACUUCUCCGGUUACCUUCCUGAAGCUCUCUUCAACAAGAGACUAGACGCUAUCUUCCUCAACAACAACCAGUUCGAAGGAGAGAUCCCUAGGAACCUCGGGAACUCACCUGCCUCCGUGAUCAAUCUCGCUAACAACAGAUUCUCCGGCGAGAUUCCGACGAGUUUUAGCCUCACCGGUUCAAGAGUGAGAGAGGUUUUACUACUGAAUAACCAGUUAACCGGAUGUAUACCGGAAUCUGUAGGAAUGUUCUCACAGAUUGAAGUCUUUGACGUGAGCUACAACUCCUUGAUGGGUCAUGUCCCCGACACGAUCUCCUGCCUGUCGGAGAUUGAAAUAUUGAAUCUUGCUCACAAUAGAUUCUCCGGGGAGGUUCCUGACUUGGUCUGCUCGUUGAGGAGUUUGAUAAACCUCACGGUUGCGUUUAAUUUCUUCUCCGGGAUUAGCUCUGAAUGCUCAAGAGUUAGCUUCGGGUUUGACUUCGCCGGGAACUGUAUACCCGGAAGAAACUCGCAGCGGCCGGAGCCGGUUUGUUCUGGUUACUCCGGUGGCGGGUUGAGCUGUUAUAGGACGCCCGUGCAGCCUCUGGCUUGCGCUGGGAUAAGCGUGGGGCUUAAAGAGAAGUUCAGUCGCUACACUUCGUCUCAUCCAUGA